UGGGGUGGGGGGGGUGGGCACGUGGCAAGCAUGGCGAACAGUUCCAACUGCACGCUGAACGAGAGCUACAAAUUCAUCUACCUGCCGGUCGCCUACUCCGUCAGCGCCUUCUUUGGCAUCGUCUUCAACGGCUUCGUCUUCUCCCGCCUCGUUUGCAGGAAGAGGAAAAAGCUGAGCUCGAGUUCGCUGUUCACGGUGAACCUGGCCGCAGCGGACUUCCUGUACGCCACGUCGCUCAUCUUCCUCAUCCACAGCUACGUGGUUCACGACAAUUGGGUCUUCAAGGACUUCAUGUGCCGCCUCGUGCGCUUCAUGUUCUACUUCAACCUGAACGUCAGCGUCCUCUUCCUCACGGCCAUAAGCCUGUACCGAUACCUGGGCAUCUGCCACCCGAUGUCCACCCUGCGGUGGCGGAGGAAAAAGGUCGCCAUCGGCAUAUGCGCGCUCGUGUGGGUGGUCACGAUCGCAGAGUCGGUGCCGACGCUGUAUUUCAGCGGCGUUACGCUGACCACGCGACAAGAGGAGUGCUGGGACUUCAAACCGAACAAUUCGUCGGAGGACAAGCCCUACAGCGUCGCGGUCAUCUUCACGGGAUUCGUGGUUCCCUUCAUUGUCACCUUGGUCUUCUAUUCCUUCAUCAUCCACACCUUGAGAAACUCCUUGUCGCUGGGCAGCGCCCGGCAGGACGUCAAGCGUGUGAACGCCAUCCGCACUAUUAUCGUCGUCCUCGUGAUAUUCAUCAUCUGCCACCUGCCGUACAACAUCAGCAAGUUGGUCUUCUUCUUCUCCGGCGGAAACAGCUUGACGUGCGAGGCCGACGCGUUGGUUAAAACGUACAAGUUGAUGCGAGGCCUUGUCAGCCUCAAUUGCGCCCUCAACCCCAUUGUGUACUUUGUGAAACUCAGAAAGUCACGCAGGAACCAUCACGCGAGAAAACGGACAGUUUUCGCGACCAUCUCGAGCAACGCCAAAAAUAUAUUUCCCUCCCUUUGGCAGGACGAAAGAAAUCCAAACGGAACCAAUUGACACGAUGUGGACCGAUAAAGGUUCAGCAACAACUGAUUUAACGUCGCGGCGUAUGGAAAUGAAUUUCCACGGUACAGUGACGUUACGAGUUGUAUUCCCGGUCAAGAUACAACAACAACAACAACAACCGCCAUUCGCCACUAAGUGGCGGUGACGUCACCACGACGCUUGUGCCAGGCUAGGUGCACGUUGAGGCCACGUAAAGUGUCGAACGCCGGCUGGCAGGAGGUCACGGGGCAGACCCAGAUGCCACAGGGCGACUGACUGAGACGACUGGCUGAUGCACCACCUGUGCCCCCUACUGUGCCAACUUGCUGUGCUUUAGCCACCCGGCACUCCGCUUGUCGUUGUGAGCGUCGCUCCUCCGCCCUCCGUUAUUGUUGGAGGGCGUCUACCUCCAACUGCCCAGUAGCGUCCUUCACGAGCCUCCUCCACAGAGGCCGGUCUUGACACCGCUGGUACCAGUCAUCGGCAAGUCCACUCAACUCCACGUCCUCCUGUACCACAUCACUCCAUCUCUUCUCUAGCCCGUGCCGCGCUCGUUAAGCCCCCUCGAUCCGGCCGAACAAAAGCUGUUUAGGCAUGUGGUGAUUGGGCAUGCGGGCUACAUGACCUCGCCAAGAUACAGACUCUGCAACACGCACACGCAGCAUAAGUGGGGUGAUAUUACAAUACGAAUUUGGCCACUCGGCCAAAUAGUUUAACGUUCCAGACUGUGAUGGUUAGACUCUGGAUGUCAGAGUUUGUCCGCUUCGACAAGAGACGGCCAAACAAUAUGCUGUUACACGUAUGUACAUUUUUACUUGGGUAAGUAGAAUUUGUCCGUUAAUUUGUUUAGCACAAAUCUCACUCAAAACAUUCCUGUGUGGCACGAACGAUGGUUCUCGUGUUCUCUCCUACCUUGGCUUUUGUUGAAAGAAAUGUCCGUGUUUAUUUAUGUUUUUUGUAAAAAAAAAUCUUGCUUUUUAUGUUGUAAUGGUUUCUACUUUAUUUUUAUGUUUUGUGUUUUGUUAAUGUUUUUAAAAAUGUUUGUUUAAUGUUUCUUUUUAUGUUUGUUUUUAAAGUUCCACGUUACAUUGUGUAAAGGUGCAGCUAGGCAAUUUAUUUGCUUGAUAAUGCCACUUACUAUCAGGAGGGCCUCGGUGAGAGCGAGAGAGGGCCCUUCUAGUGCAGUAGUUCUUCACAUUAACUGCAGCCUUGCACCCCUUUGGUUCUCAAUUGUAAUUUUUUUGCACAAUGUUAAUAAAUACAUAGGGUUCGAUGAAACAAAGUAAGUUGUAACUUACGUGCCCAUGCUUAAUUUGUGUUCAUACCCACUACUCUAGAGGGUCUUUGGCCUCUCUAUUCCACACGCCGGCCAGACAGACGUCUUGGAAUAACAGCUGGAAGCACCAACACGCUGUGCGAUUCAGACUGAAAGCCUCCGUUCUUGUUAAUUUAAACAAAUAUAUACCAUUGUAUGAUUGUCGCCGCAGGAGCCCUGUAUCUCCUUGCGCGAUAAGAACGUUGCAAAAUCCAAAUGUACCGAUAUCAUCUUUUUAGAUCUGACAAUUUCACAAUGGUCAACGGCCCCACGGCGUUUUAACCUUCGGCAAAGCGUCUGAGUCGGCAGCGGUGGUGUGCGCGCAGUGGUCUAUGACUCUAGGCGGCGUCUCUGCCUUUGCUACGUUGACAAUUCUUGCCCCUCCUGAAGUCCGCCUGGAACCACGGUCUCGUCGCAAAGGGCCUCUCCUCGCGUGGCUCGAAAACAAAACUGUCGUUUGAGCAAAAGACGCCGGCAAUUGCGAAAAUGUGGACGAUGCUGGAAAGCUUGGAAGCCAUGUGCUCCUCCAUCGUGACUGCUAUAACCUCGUGUGCACACCAUUGGAACCUCCUUUGCCAGUAGCAAAAUAUGAUAAAAAAAAAUUUAUUUUGCUACUGAAAAAGGAGGUUCCAAUGGUGUAAAUGCUUACCCCGAGCUCUCAUACUCUGAUGGUGCAUUGUCUUUGAGUUGUGCGCCUUUUGGCGUCAUCUGGUCCAACACCAUGUGAGACUAGGCUCUAAGAAAAGCUGUCUCGGGUGUGGAACAAUCAAUUUCAAGGACAGUGCAUGCAUUAUCAGAGUUGUGUUUUUUUUGCAUUCUGACUGCAGGUAUUCUGGUCAAUGCAAACAUGACUCCUUGUAAUAAAAGGUGUCAGGUUUGUUGCCAGAUAAAAUGAUAAAAAAACAAUUAUCAUCUCGUGUGCACAGUUUGUUCUCCUAGAACGCGGUAGUUGCUGCGUUCCUGAAAAACACACCGCGUUGUGGAAAAAUCGUCUUCUAAUUAAUCAUACAUAAAAUCGGGGGUAAAGCAGAGUCCGCGAUAACGCGUGAGAUGCGUACGCAGGCCGAACAUAGACUGAUGCGCGUGGGUAGCAUCUAUAAGCAUCCAGCAGCAUCCCAAUGUCUUGUGCGACGAUGCUACGUCGAGGCAGCCGUUACAACUUCUGGUUCCGACUCGCGCGACGUGGUUCCGUCCACUCGAUCGCGGUGUAUCCAAGUCGCUUCCGAGGUUUAACACGUCCCUUCGGAGUGGGCAGGUAGGAACUUGGUUGGACAGCGCAUUCGUGCGAUCCGUGUCACGCGACGCAAGCUGCGUGGGACAGCGCGUCACGUGGUGCUGAGCCCGCCCGAGGCUCUUUAUGAAAUACAAAUCGAGGGCGUGGCUAUGCACAACAGACAGACAAAUAA